AUAUAUAUAUAUAUAUAUAUUCCAUUUUAUUUACAAAUAGAAUGUCAAUCUCAUUCAGUUUCAACCCUUUUUUUUAAUUAUUAUUUUCUGGUUUGAGUGGUGAGAGAGGAAAAAACCAUUGAAGAGAGAUGAGUGCGCGAAGAAGAGAGAAAUUCGUAAGGAAACGGUUUCUUCUGCUUAAAUGGUGAAUCCGCCAUUUCAUUUGGUCGCCAUAAGCGUUUCUUGCAGUUCUUGGUUGCAAAUUCAGGUUACAGGAACCCGCAUUUGCAUCCGUUGAAUUUUCCUCUGUUGGCGACCCACGAAACUCUCCCGCCAUUGAACACUCUUUUGAUUUCCGAGGUGAUUGAUGAAUUCAGCGGAGCUUUCCACAACUCAAAGGAUGAGUUCUCCACGACGUCCACUACACACCUGUAGCGUUUCUUUUCUGGCCAUAGCCCACGGCAUCUUCUCAAGAGCCCAGAAUCUUGAUGGAUGGUUGGGCUCGACAACAAGAAAAAUGGUCCAAAUAACCAAGCUUGUGAAGCCUUUGAUUCUUGUCCUGCAAUAUCAGUGGUCAUUAUUCCUCUCCUUCAUUGAUGAUCGACUAUUGGCAAUUUCAAACUUUGUGGAGCAGGUGUUUCCUCCUUCCAGACUCGUUUUUGAUAAGAUCGACGAUGUUCUUCAUAUGGUUGAAACUUUUCCUGGAAAAUUUGCUGAUGCUGUUGACAAGUUACCCUGCUUCAACCAGGUGCUGUUCCUAGAGUGGGCAGUGACCCACGCCAUAACUUUGCUGGAGUACAUGAUAACCAUUUUAAUGAACUUGGGGAGAGAUGGUACUAGAGAGAAGGAAAUUUUGGUUGAUAUGAACUACAAUAAGAGUCGUAAUGGAUCCGAAUCAGCAGUUAAAUCCGAAGGAACCCUCUCGUGUGUUUGUGAAACACAACAAGGUGCCAUGAACGGCAGUAGUAAAGAAGUUGUGAAAAUGGGAAGGGAAGGGAAGGAAGAUGAUUGCAAAGGCACUUACAACAGAGCCAUGGAAGGUAAAGAAGAAUUUGGAAACAAGGAGAAGGGCAGUACCAAAAAAGUGGAAGGCAGCGAGAGUGGGAAAGCAAAAAUGGAAAAAGCAGAAGGAAAUGAAGGGAUGAAGAGUAAAAAAGAAGAGGUAAAGGACUGUGAAGAUGAAGAAGAAGAAGAGGGAAGCCAUGGAAGCAUACAAAAGGAAGAUGAUAUCUUGGAAUUGUUCGAGACAAGUUGGCUGAUGAAACCAACCGGAAAGCCGAAAGGAAACUUGAUGACACGUUCAGCUUCAUUUCUUUGAACAUAUCACAACAAUCUGACCAUUUUUGCAGAACUGGGAUUUGUAAGUGUUGUAUCAUCUUUUGUGUAUAUGCUGUACAUAUGAAAUUGUUUGUGGUCUGUAUAUUUUUUAUUUAUUUUUUAAACACAAGUUUUGAAAGAACUUGAAUCUUGAUACAUAAUUAAGUUAUUUUGUUUGUUAU